ACACACAAUUGUGUCAAAAUAACAUUGAGCGCACUUAGUCAACGCUGGACAUUAAGGAUGCGUUUAAAAACAGACAGUCGGCCAAGGAAAUGGGAUUUACUUUGGAAAAUGUACAUUAUCCAAACUUUCCUCGAGUGCGUGCAGAGUUGAAACAUUUGGGAGUUUUCUGCUCAAACUUUGAGCUCUUUCUAAAUGCAUGGAUGGAAACCGUGGAUGGAAACCGUGGAUGGAAAAUAUGCGAAGAAAAUACAACUAGUUAAUUUGUUUUCGUAAACAAUCGUCUGUUGUUCUUGAAGUUUUGAUUUUCGGUCCGCACAACACUGCCAAGCGAGUUUUGAGGUUAAAUGGGCGCAUUGUAGGUUGUUUUCAGGGGUAAAGCAACCACCACGAAAGAGGAAAAGUGUGGACAGUUUAUCAAUGAACUGAAGAAAAAGAAAGAAUAGUAAGUGGGAGGACAGGCAACGCGAUGGCCGAAAGGGAGAUGGAGAGGAAAGCGCCUGUUUAUAGGAGCGUUUCUUUCAAAAAGCUGGAAAGAUGGAACGCACAGAAGCGCCGAUCAUUUGGAGAGGAUUUGGAGAGGCGCGGUGCCCUUCCCCCAGACGCCGCAGAGCCCAGCGUUCAGCCCUCACAAGCGACGACGCGCACUGUUACUGUAUCCAGAAAAGUUUCCAAAAUCUCCGCCGCCAGCCGCCAGGGCGCUGAUCUGAGGAAAAGGUCUCGUGCGACCUCUCCGUCUGUACGCGAGCUUUCUGAAAAGUUUAUUUCAAACGCGACGGGGGCGCAGAGUUCAUCCGACAACACUGGAAAUGUUAAAAGCUCAACUUUAGUUGUUAAAGGUGGCGAGGAUUCGCUUUUGGACGACAGCGGCUGCUUAGCCAAGGAAGUUUUUGAGACUGCUACUGAGAAACUCAAGGAGAGUAAAAGAUACGGUUCGGCUCAGGAAUCUGUGUCAGGCUCGGAUUCAGACAGAGGAGAAAAGCUGAGGGCUCGAAGCACUGUGGCUGACACCAGAACAGGGAGCCCAACAUGUAAAUCUCAUCGCCGUUAUCACCCUUCAUAUGUUGAUGCAAACUGGCCAAGCGUUACUAAGAUUAGAGAACUUUUUGGGGAUGGAUGCAGAAAGCAACACAGGUCGACAUCUGAUGCUGAUGACUUGAAAUCUGCCUGUCAACACCUCCAACAUUCUUUCAGUGCUAAAGACGGUAGCUCGGCCACAGACAAAAGUGACCAACAAUUCUUACACCAUACGGUGGGCGGCUGGCAAAAUACAAACAGCUCUGAUUAUGACAACAACAGACUGUAUCUAGACUUUUCUACCCCAAAUUCCAGUGUCGAAAGCCAUUCCUGUGAGUUUAGCAGCGGCACAAGUUGCUUGAUUUGUGGUCCCCCACAGAAUAAUAGUGAAAGUCAAAGCCCUGGUAGUAGUGACCUCCAGUCUUCUCCCCCAGCACCCCCACCUCGCAAUAGAGCGAGUGUCUUGCCCCUCAGGACUCAUUCGCUCGCUCACCGUUGGCAGCAGAGACAGAGGGCAGAGCAGCCGCAGCCACUGGAUAGCUCACAUUCUUCGCAUAACUCCUCCAAACCACAGACGGGUCCUUCCGUGGAGCUAGCCGGCACCCGGGAAAGACUGAGCUCUGGAGACGAGGCCGAGGAGUUAAGUGAAAGCACGGAUAGUAAGGCAGUUGUCAGCGGUGGAGGAAUCGGCACACACCUCCCCCCAUACAAGCAUGGCUUCAGGACUAAGGUGAGGGCGAGGUCUUCAGGCAGUGAGGAGGACAGCCCUGCAACGCUAGCUCACCACAACAAGGACGUGAGACGGCGUUCACUAAGGAAGAAGAAGAAAAGUAGCUGCAGCAGGGACAAUGAUGUGUCUGAUGACAGCGACGAUCAGCCUGUAAUGAUGGAGCACUCGGAGAGGUAUCAUCAGUCUUGUGAUUCUCAGCCGGUGAGCCGCAGGAUUGAGGGCCUGCGGCCUAGAGGAUGCUUUACGGGCCUGUCAUGGACACGAGGUAACCCGUCUUCAGGUUCACAUAUAUCUAAAGACAGCUUCAGGCAACUGUAUAGAACUUUUGAGGGACCAGUUGGAGCCAGUCCUGUCCCACAGGUUUCACGAGUGUCAAAGGUCACCAUACCUUCAUUUUUAUCCAGUCCAGUGGGGUCAAGAAGCAGUAGUAGAUAUUCCAGCACAGAGACAUUAAAGGAAGAGGAUCAACCAGGCAACACCCACAUGUGUGGGGGUGCGUCGUCAGCUGUUCUAAGUAAAACAUACCACGGUAAUGCCACCAUGUACCGCUCACCCAGUUUUGGCCACGGAGACAACUUUUCCCGUGGCCAAGUUCGAGUUCGUCCUAGAAUGGUGCCCAUUUUAAAUCCAGCAGAGUCUAAAACGACCACUGCAGUAAAUAAGGUAUUUCAACAUUCAUUAAAUAAUGAUAAAGACAAGAACAGGAUCUCAAUGUCGAACCCUGAUAUUUCUUCAGAAACUCUCUCGCUUCUCAGCUACAUUAAGACAGAUUUGUCUGAGUUAAGAAUGAAGAGAAAAGGGCAAGGUGAUGAGGACGGUCUGAACUCUGCAUUUCAGGUUGGUCAAGGCACAUCAGUGUACAGAAUGGGCUCCAAAACACAUCGGCCGCACCCUGGGCGGCCCUCUCUGAAGGACCUCACUGCAACUCUGAGAAGGGCGAAGUCUUUCACAUACUCUGAGAAGCCAGCUGGUCAGAGAUAUUAUGGAGGUGGGCCAGGUUUGAGAAGUUCCUCUGAGCAGAGGCUAGACUGUGAAAGUGGUGGUGAGCAGGUGGUGGUUUCUGACAGGGAGGUAGAGAGUGAUGACUGCAGGAGUGCUUACAGUUACGAAGAGCCAAUGCCAAGCCCUCUUCAAGACCACUAUGUGCAGGAAGCCAGACAGGUAAUAAGAGACAUCUGUCAAAUGGGUAAAAGUAAGGAUGAUGAUGAUGAUUAUGAGGAAGAAAGUUUAAAGAGAGAAAGCAGUGUUGCUACAGAAGACACUGAAAAUGAAGAUAAGUCGAAGCAGGAGGAGAGGGGGCUUGAACAUGCUGUUUUUACAGGGUGUAAGGAAGAAGAGACUGACAGAGAAAGUGGAAAAUGUUUACAGAAGGGAAAUUCAGAGGAGAAUGUGUUCUGUGAUAAGUUAUUGGAUGAACUCUCGGGUCAUGAAUCUAGCCUGACCGAUGAAGGAAUUGUUACAGAGCCAGAGGUCGGCUCAUAUGGGGAGCCAUCCUGUAGUAAAGACCUGCUGGGCCAGACCCUUACUGUUUGGAAUCAGUCAGGGCUAUACGAGCAGCAGUUGCCUGAUACAAAACCAGAUGAAUCUCUCUCAUCUCAUGUUGCCUCUGUUAGGACAGAGCAUGAGGGAGUAGCCAUAGGAGGAGACAUUAGCAGCAGUAAAAAUGUAAACCAGGGAGCCUCAGAGGCUCCAUCUACUCCCAGUGCUAUUCGCAGGAGGAGGAAAUUUUCCUCAGCUGGUAACAAUGGCUCGGACUCCAGCAAUGGCAGCAACGGAGAAUCAAAUGGUGAGUCUGCGUACAGAUCGUUGAGUGAUCCCAUGCCUCACAGAAGGCGAUCGAUUGCAGAGGAUGGCGGCAAGAGCUUCUCUAUGGAUAGCAAUCUGCUCGGUUCACUCUCUUUAAACUCUAAGGUGAGCAGUUCCGUGCAGUCCUCGGCUGCAGACCUCUCUGAAUAUACAGGCAGUGCUGCCAGUGACCUCUCUGUUUGUAGCGAUAGCCUCCGAGAUUACAGCACUGUGAUUCAAAGCAUCGUGUGCGAACCUGGUGCCAUGGACAAACUGAUUGACGACAAAGCGAAUGGCAAGGCGGUAAAGAAAAAGAGCUUUAGCGAUCCCAGCAGACGUGGAGAACUGGACGAAGCUGUCACAGAAUUUCAGCGACAUCCCAGUGAGCCGAUAAGCGAAUUAGAACAAUCAGUACCACCUUCCAGCAGUGAACCUAUAUUAUCUGAGCAAAGAGAUGAGCUGUGGGAACUAAAUAGUGAGCGACAGCUUUAUUGUCCAACCAGAAGGUCUCGAUCCCAAUCUGAGCAUGUUUUACCUUCCCACCUUGGUCAUAAUGGAGAAGCAAAAGUGGCGGAUGAGCCCUUAUUUCCCUUUGACCCAAAGCUAGCUCAAGUUUUGUCACCUCGCAUGACUCGUAGAAGUUCCAAGAAACGCACCAACCGCUUUACCCACCAGGUGUCUUGUGAUGACAGUGAGGAGCAGAAUGAAGAUCCAUCUUCCGAACGCCCUGAUACCACCUCAAUCCUUCCCAAGCUUCCAGUCGCAAAGGUCAGAUCCAAACAUGUCCGUCAUGCCAGUGAACCUGCUACGUUUGUCCCAAUAUCCCCAGAAUCCCACAAAAUAGUCCAGGGAGAGGACACCCCAUCAUUAGAGGAUGUCACUGAGCAAUAUAUCUUGGGCUUGAACUCUCCUGAAGGCCCGUCGGAGAUCCCUGCAGCCACUGGUGUGGCUAUACCCAAGGGCCCUACAUCGUCACCGUCAGGUCCUUCCAGCAAUGCCGAGUCAAAACAAGAGAGGAAGUCCAGUGAGGAACUUGUCACUGCUCCUUUGAAGCUCAAACCAAAAGUGGACAUGAGAAAACAUGUAAUCAUGACCCUGCUGGACACAGAACAGUCUUACGUCGAGUCUCUGCGUACGCUCAUCCAGGGCUACAUGAAACCCCUGAAAAAUCCUGAGAGCUCUCCUCUCUGUGAUCCGUCUCUGGUGGAUGAGAUGUUUUACCAGAUCCCAGAGAUCCUGGAACAUCAUGAACAGUUUCUGGAGCAGGUGUUGGACUGCGUCAACCAGUGGCAUGACAAACAGAUCGUCGGAGAUCUGCUCGUUCAGUCUUUUUCCAAAGAGAUCCUUGCUAAUAUCUAUUCAGCAUAUAUCGAUAACUUCAUGAACGCCAAAGAUGCAGUGAGAAUCGCCAAGGAAUCCAAACCUGCUUUUCUGAAGUUUCUAGAGCAAUGCAUGCGUGAGAAUAAGGAGAAACAGGCCCUUGGCGAUCUGAUGAUAAAGCCCGUACAGAGGAUCCCACGAUAUGAACUGCUGGUCAAGGAUCUCUUAAAACACACACCAGAGGAACAUCCCGACCACAUCUUUCUGUUGGAUGCUCAGAAAAACAUCAAGCGAUUGGCCGAGAGAAUCAACAAGGGUCGACGGACGGCAGAGGAGCUGGAGAAAGAGACGCGUGUCAUGCAGGAGAUUGAAGCACAUAUAGAGGGGGUCGAACAUAUCCUCAAUCCACAGAGGAAGUUUCUGAGACAAGAGAUGGUAGUGGAAGCGAAAACGGUGGGUGGUAAGAAGGACCGAUCUCUGUUUCUGUUCAGUGAUCUGCUCAUCUGUACCACACUGAAGAGGAAGUCCGGAUCUCUCCGCAGAAGUUCCAUGAGUCUUUACUCUGCUGCUAGCAUCAUAGACACUUCAAGUAAAUAUAAGUUCCUGUGGAAACUUCCCUUAGAAGACUUGGAAGUGGUUAAAGGUUCAAACCAAGCUACCAACAGAGAAAACAUCCAGAAAACCAUCGGGCGUUUGGAUGAAGAUCUCAGCACCCUCGGUCAGAUCAGCAAACUCUCAGAGACCCUCAGUUUCCCCCAUCAGAGUUUGGAUGAUGUGAUAAAGGAUCUCAUGGCCUCAGUACAUCGUGAGUUGGCUGAGAAACAGUCUUUGGCCUUUAGCAUGACAUUAUUGCCCACUAAACUGGAGAUGACCACAACGUCAGCCGAUAGCACUUUUAUCUUUGAGUUCAGCAGUCCUGAUGCACGCAGUAACUUUGAACAAGCGUUUGAGGAAGCCAAAAAGAAACUCGCUAUGAACAAGGACCAGUGGGACCCUGAAUUCCUGAAAGCCAUUCCCAUCAUGAAGACUCGCAGCGGGAUGCAGUUUUCCUGCGCCUCCCCGAGUCACAGCUAUCCGGAGAACACGUAUGAGGUUUGGGUGUGUAAUAGCGAUGGAUACGUGGGUCAGGUGUGUCUGCUGAACAUCAGAGAUGAACCCACGGUGGAGGCCUGCAUCGCCGUCUGCUCCGCUCGCAUCAUCUGCAUCGCAGCCGUACCGGGUUUGAAGAACAACAGAGAACGGAUCGGCCAAUCUGUGCCUCCUGUCCCACCCGACUCAAACCCCUCAUCCUCCGUGCAACCUCAGCUUCACAUCUCCAUCUCUGGCUCAUCUCUGGAGCUUACCGAGCCGCCCGUAGCCCCAACCGCAGAGCUCAUACCCUUCGACAGCGAUGACACGGAUGAUGAUGACUCCCCCAGCCCUUCAUCCACACUGCAGAGUCAAGCAUCACAUUCUACAAUCUCAUCCAGCUUCGGCCACGAUGAGACGACUGUUUCUAAGGACAUGGCCACUGAGACGACCAGCUCUGAGGAGGAGCAGGAGUUUCCAGUUCCCAGUUCGUUUGGAGCGCCUCGGCUCACUACCGACAGUCCUGUGGACGGCCGAGCGAUGCGGAGGUCCAGUCGAGGGUCCUUCACCCGAGCCAGUCUGGAGGAUCUGCUCAGUAUCGACCCAGAGGCGUAUCAGAGCUCGGUUUGGCUAGGAACUGAAGAUGGCUGCAUCCACGUGUACCAAUCAUCUGACAACAUCAGAAACAGGAAGAACAGUAUGAAGAUGCAGCAUUCGGCAUCUGUUCUCUGUAUCCUGUAUCUUGACAACAAAGUCUUCGUGUCCUUGGCAAACGGGGAGGUGAUUGUCUAUCAGAGGGAGGCAGGAAGUUUUUGGGAUCCUCAAAGUUCACAAACGCUGUGUUUGGGCUCUUCAAGUGGACCCGUGACCAAAAUGGUUCCCGUGGCAGGAAAACUGUGGUGUGGUUGUCAAAACAGGGUUCUUAUUGUGAACACCAGCACUUUAACACAGGAGCAUUCGUUCCAAGUGGGUCAGGAUAGCGGACGCUGUGUCACCAGUAUGGUGAACUAUGGGAAAGGUGUGUGGAUGGCUUUACAGGGAAGCGCUCAAGUGCGGCUCUAUCACGCUUCCACCUAUGAGAGCCUGACGGAGGUCGAUGUGGCACCUGCUGUACACAAGAUGCUCGCAGGUUCGGAUGCUAUUAUCCGACAACACAAAGCGGCUUGUUUGCGGAUCACUGCUUUGUUGGCAUGCAAGGAUCUGCUGUGGAUCGGUACCAGCGCCGGAGUGGUUCUGACACUGGCCAUCCCACCUGUGUCCACCAGCACCGGGCCGGGCUCUCUACGGGCCCCCCUGGUGCCGAUGGGCUCGGCUCACGGUCACACCGGACAUGUGCGAUUUCUCACAUGCAUCGAGCUGCCCGAGGGCUUUGACCUCAACUUCCCGCAGCAGUCAGACACAGUGAACUCCACACAGAAUAACUCUGAGAGCGGGAGUGGAGGACUACAAAGACGUGACUCUGCCCGACGGCGCGCAUCCAUGCUCCUGCCCGCCAAAUCUAACCUGCUGGUUAUCAGUGGCGGGGACGGCUACGAGGAUUUCAGGUUGACCAAUAGCAGCGAGACGGUGGGGCGGGACGACAGCACAAAUCACUUACUGCUGUGGCGUGUGUAAUAAAGCCCCGCCCCCUCCACACAAGCCGCUGGACUAGCCCACGCACUUCCUCCUUCCUGUUCGCCCCUUCCUGUUCUCUUAUGCAUUGCGCACAAGUGUGUAACAUUUUUAAAUGGGGCGCUGUGUUAUGGGUCAAUGCCACCUGUCUUUGUUUCUCUGCGUAAGAGAUCGAUCUUGCUUACCGUGUGGUGAAGUGUUUCUGUGGGCGCUUUUAAAUAUUGUGUUGAAGUUCAACUUUAAAAACGGCUUUUAAAGCCCCUCGCAGAGGAGGAGACCGAAAAGGAGAACGAAACGGCAUGAAGAAAAUGGACAUUAUUUAAAGAACAGGCUGGAGAGAAGGUAUAAAACGCAUUGCAUGAGACAGAGAGGAUUGUGGGUAAUGUGUGGAUGGUCAUUUUUGUCAUUUCUCAGUACGUUUGUGAACAGUCCACACACUUUUGUGGUUCGAGUGAUCGGCUGCUUUCGUGAUUUCAUUCGAGAAUGAAGAUGUUUUUGUUAAACACCUCUGUUGUGCUGUAUGGGACAAGAUGAGAGUAAAUUUUUAAAAGUAAUAAAUGUGCAAUACGAGGCGAGAGUACCUACAAAACACUAUAUCACACACACACACUAUAUCUCCAAUAAUCCGAUUUAUUACACAAAAUCACUUUAUUAUGAUUAUCAUUUAUAUGUACAAAAAAGAUUUCACUACGUUAUGUAAAAGAACACCAAUGACAUUCCAUAUAUAUAGAUAAUAAGACAAAAAACUUUUGUACAGUAUUUAUGUUUUUCAGUUUUAGUUUAUACUUUAGUUUUUUAUAGCACUUAAUUUAUAAAAACUGUAGUCUGGUUUUCUCUACUGAACGAUGCUGUCACUCAACUUGAGUUAUUGAGUUAUGAUUACUAUUAUUUGAAACAUAAAAUGAAGACCUGGUACUUUAUUAUACACCAAAAUGAAAAGGUUAAUACAUUAUGCAUAGAUAAUACAAUGGUUUUGAACAUCUGCAUAAUUUUUUGUCUUUGGAUUAUGAGGUCAAUCUGUCAAUAUGUCUUUAAAAGCUUUUUAACUUUUCCAACCUUUGGUGAAUCAGGAAAGACGAUGAUGCUUAAUGCUUAAAUGAAGCUGACAAAGACAGCAUUUAGUACGUUGCAUAAUGUUCAGAAGAGACACUGUGUGUUUGUGUAUCUAGAUUGCGACACACAUAUUUCACGAAGACAGACAGGUUACGGCUGAAUAUAGUUCCUUAUGAGACAUAAGUGCUAAAUCUUUCUGUUCAUGCCGCCCACCUACAGGUGAUACAAGUUCCUGUUAAAUGAAUGAAUCACCUGCCGUAGUGUGAAUGAUGUCAUCGCUCACCUCAAUCCACAUUACACAUAGUAUUGUGUGAUUUGCUUUGCGUUUUUUCCCUAAACCAUAUCAUAUGCUUCAGUUUAUUGAUCUGUCAGAUGUGAAUGUUAGUGCUAAUAACAUCUGGUUCUUUAAAUUGUCAAAAAUUCACUUUCCCUUUCCUAUUACAGAAAAGCUGAUCAGAGAAUCAUAUUUUCAUAAACCGAAUCUGCAUUUGUUUUUCUAACUGAAACGCAUAAGGCGAGUCGUAUUGUUGUAAGUAAUUUCUCUGCCCCGUCUAGUAAAGAGGUCUUCAUUGUUUAUUGUAAAUAUUGGUAUAUAUUGCCUUUUCUCUGUACAUAGUGCUCUCACAGUCCACGACUGUUCAUAUGAAUCCAAUGGCAUAUUUUUAUAAGUAUUUUCAUUCGUUUGGCAAGUGCCGUCUCAUUUAAAUUAAAACUAUUACUGUAUUUUAAGAGAAGAAGAGCGUUUAUCUGUGGCUUUUGUAACAGUUGUUAUGCUUAUUUCAUACCGUUACUGAUAUUUGUCUUAUUAUGUCACUGUGUUUCUUUGUAAUUAAACAUUUCACUGAUG